CGGUAAACUGCCUCGAAGAUGUAAACAAAUUCGUCGGCCUUGACAAAGGCGUACUGCUUUUGCUAAACCAACCUGCAGCAGCAGCAGCAGCAGCAGCAGCAGCAGCAGAAGCAGCAGCAGAAGCAGCAGCAGCAGCAGAAACAGCAGCAGAAACAGCAGCAGAAGUAGCAGCAGAAACAGCAGCAGAAGCAGCAGCAGAAGCAGCAGCAGCAGAAGCAGCAGCAGAAGCAGCAGAAGGAGCAGUAGCAGCAGAAGCAGCAGCAGCAGAAACAGCAGAAGGAGCAGCAGCAGCAGAAACAGCAGAAGAAGCAGCAGCAGCAGAAGCAGCAGAAGCAGCAGCAGCAGAAGCAAUUAAUCACAACGAUAAUGAGAAUAAUAAUAAUGCAGCAGAUGCUGCCAGCGAACAGACAUAA